AUGUCUCCUGUGUCUCUCCAAACGCGCAACCGAAUCGUGAGCAUCCGGGUUAACCUGUCCAGCAGGACAACCGAGGCCCCUCUGUUGCCACCAACUCACCCUCUUCGAAGUGCAUUGACCAGAUAUGGAAGAUACGCUGCGAGACAUGUCCUCGCAACCCUGCUGAUUUCUGUCGCCGUUGCUGGUAUCCUCAUCUAUCCUUGUCCCUUCCUCUACACGACCGACUACACCGUCGCUGCGCCUAAUCUUCCUCUCCAUGUCUGGACCGACGCCCAGCCCGUGGACGACAGGCCGGCUGUCGAGCCCGAUGUCAUCAUGCGCACGAUAUGGGUGCACGGAAGCUACAUGCAAGCCCUCGACCGCGAGGUGCUCUUGGGCGCCCUGGAGCUGCAGGAUGCGAUAUUGGGGCCAACCACCGAUUUCAACCCACGGCAGCCCACCACCGACCUUAACGAGAAGGAGAGGGAUGCAUUCCAUGUCGUCAACGGCCUCACGAAUCAGUCUUGGUUCUUCCACUCUCCUUUGCAGUACUGGGCCUGCGACGCCGGCAACAUCGCGCGAGAUGUAGACUUUAUCAAUACGGUCAACGAGAAGAAGACACAGCCGACGUCGGUCAAUGUGACCCUGCGGCAUUCGAUAGUCUUCAGCGGCAAGAAAUUCGAGGACAGGCGGCUCAUCGCUGCCGACGCGCUGGUCAUCACCUUGCUCCACCUUCAGGACUCACCGGUGGGGAGGCUAUGGGGGAGGAAGACCAAAGAAUCUGCUGCUCGCAUGGCAGACAAAUGGGACGUUUUCCCGAGAAGUGGUGUGUCAGCUGGCUCUCAGCUCUUCGAGUUCCAGUUUCGUCCAAUUUCAAUCCAGGAUGCCAUUCUGCUGUCCCUGGCUUAUCUGUUGACGACUACUUACUUCUUGCUGAGCCUCUCCAAGAUUAGGGCGGUCAAAUCCAAAUUGGGCCUGAUCGUAACCGUCGUCGCACAGAUUAUAAUGUCGAUAAUUUCCAGCCUGACCGUAUGUGCCCUCUUCAGGAUCGACCUCUCCAGGAUUCCAAGGGCCGCUUAUCCUCUGGUACUCAUGGCGAUGAGCUUGGAGAACGUCUUCCGAUUGAUCAACGCCGUCAUACUCACGCCGUCUGAUCACAACACCAGCAGCCGCAUCGGGUAUGCGUUCGGCGAGACGGGCCAUGUUGCGCUUGCCAGUGUGGCUCAGAAUCUAUUGAUCCUCUGGGGCCUGGCCAGGGUGGUGUCUUCCGGCGUGUCCGCGUUUUGCACCUUUGCGGCCAUCGCUAUCCUCUUUGACUUCUUCUAUCUUUCGACCUUCUUCCUCUCUGUCCUCAGCGUCGAUGUGCGUCGAACUGAGCUGGGGGACGCCUUGGAGAAGGCUUCUAUCAGGAACAACCGAAUGACCCUGGACGGCCCGCCGCGCCAGUCCAUCGUCGAUGCUAUUCUGCAAGGGCGCAUAGCAUUAUCGACGCGUAUUGCGGGAACCGUCGUGAUGUUGGGAUUCGUGCUUGCGGCACAGUGGCACUUCUUGCAGAGCGGGAACGCACGCAGCCCUGCAGGUCUUUGGCGACAUCUCUGGAGAACUAACAGCGCAGAAGUCUCACCUCAUUAUGCUCAGAUACAUCAAGCUCGGAGCCCGAAGUCCUGGCUGCGUCUUCAAGACCACGAGACAGCAAAGGAGGUGAUCAACGUCAUCAAGCCCUGGGCUCACAGCUACGUUGCUCGCGUCCAUGACCCGGUUGUCUUCGUGCUCAAGGGCGCUAAUCGAAUCCCGCCCAAGGGCGUGCGUUGGUUCCCAGACGCGGUUUAUGACUUUACGCACCACCAACUCACCCCGUUUAUCGUCACGGUCCUUGUUCUGGUGGCUAUGGUCCGGCUCCUAAUGAACUACCUGCUCUGGGAUGAAAUGGUAGACGCCAGGGGCGAGGAUGAUGUCGACGAGGAACCUCUCAUCUCAGUCAAAAGUCUUGCAAACGGACAUCAGCUCGAUAUCGCAAGGUUGUUGGUCGCUCCCGACAGCCACGUGGUGUCCGCUGGACUUGACCGCAAGAUCAGGGUGUGGGACCUCCAGUAUGACUUUGCGAGUCACGAUCUAGAUAAGCCCGGAUCCCCAAUGGACAGUCCGUUCCCUAUACAGGCGAUGGCGGUCGACAGUGCGUCGAAUUGGUUGGCGAUCCUGUCAACGUACCGAGUAUUGCUCUGGAGCAUCACGAAGCAGGAGUGGGGUCCUUCAGCGCCUAUUGAUUUGUACGGCCAGAAGCCGGAGGCCUUCUUCUUCGGGCCCACCAGGAACAACUCCCGGCUUUCAAUUGUCAUUGUGAGACGGAAUGGGACCAUGACUGAGAUGUUUCCGGAUGGUCUUGAGCACUCGGAUCACAUGAUCUGCAAAAGCCCUCUCAGCUGUGCUGUGACUAUUGCGGAAAGGCCGACGUCGGUUCAACCUGAUCCACGUCUCUCCAUCGUCACUUUGUCACGACGCUCCUGCAUACACCGAGUCGACUAUAUUGACGGCCUGUGGAUAUCUUCGGAGGCCAAAAUAGUUGGCGGCACCCUCGAGGAGCCGCAAGCCUUGUUGCCUGUUCAGGGCUUCGCAUCUUACAUGGUCGUCCGGACCCAUGGUGUCGACCUCGUCGAUCUCUACUCGCGUGGACAUGCCGACCCGUCGCCGAGACGGACCAAGCUGGAGGAAACCUGGGAAAUAUGGGUAAUAAGCCGGGUCGAGAAGGAGGGGAACAUUGAAACCACGCCGCUAGUCGCGCCGGACGACCCUGCCGGGCUGAUCAUAUCAGCACUUGGCCCUAUGAUCAAAGUUGGCUAUAGCAGUGCCGCCGUCGGCUUCGGAAACGUGGUCAAAAUAAUCACAGUCGGCCACGAGCGAUUCGAAAAUGCGGACGACGAAGGAGCCGAGGACAUCAACCUGACAAACAGGCGGAGAAGAGCACCACAUUCCAGGCCUAGAGUUUCGUCCUUGUCGUACAAGCAAUAUCAGCGUUGA